AUGUCCAUAUCCGGACCAUCGAAGCAGGCUGGCGCGUCCUCCAACGAGGGCACCAUCAAGUCACAAAAGGACUUAGACAGGCGCAAGUUCGGCCUCGAGUUCCUGCACCCGGAUUGGAGGAAGAAGCUCUCGUCGACAGACAAGGCGGGCGUCAUCAGGUUCAACGUGAGGGAGAUGGAAGUGGCCGCCGGUGGCCCUUGGGAGCGCAAGUAUAACAACCUGUUCCCUUGGAACCACCAUGCCGAGCUCUUGGUUACUCAAGGGCUCGUGUGGAAGAACUACCCUGACGACGUGUGCUAG